CAGGUGGAGGCUUCUUCCUUGUUAGUCUGUUUCCGUGGCGACCAGGAGGUCACAUGAUGAGUGUACGGGGCGGGGCAGGGCUCAGGAAGCUCUUACAUGCUGCUGCGCGUUUCCCAUAUUCUUGGGCCCCUCCCUCCUCCUAUCUCUGCUUAUAAGGCUGCACUUCCUGCUAAAACACAAGACCGGAGGAGACAUGACUACGACGCCACUGCUGCUGCUAGUGCUACUGCUCACCAGUGCAGAUGCCGUGUUCAGAUUUGCGUCCUAUUAUGGAGAUCACAUGGUUCUGCAGCAGAAGCCGGCCCGGGCUGUUGUCUGGGGGUACGCUGAAAUGGGGGCUCUGGUGACGGUGACACUUAAGCGAGGAAUUGAUACCAUCUCAAAGACGCCAGUGAAUGUCUACGGUGAUGUUGGCGUCUGGAAGGUGGUGCUGGACCCCAUGGAUUACGGGGGGCCUUAUUACUUGAUCGCCCAACAAACCUUCAAGAAUAAUAUAACAACUAUCGUCCUGGAGGACGUCCUGUUUGGUGACGUCUGGGUUUGCGGGGGACAGAGUAAUAUGGAGAUGACCGUAUCCCAGAUUUUCAAUGCCAGUCAGGAGAUGGCACUGGCGGCACAGUACCCAUAUGUCCGGCUGUUCACUGCCUCCCUGGAGACGUCGGAUACAGAGCUGCUGGAUCUCACCAAGGUGGAUCUGGAGUGGUCGCUCCCGACACCCGAAAACCUUGGACACGGUGACUUCCAGUAUUUUUCCGCAGUCUGCUGGAUCUUUGGCCGACAUUUGGCACAAAAGUUGAAGUAUCCAAUAGGACUGGUGGAAUCUGUGUGGGGAGGGACGCCGGUGGAAGCUUGGUCAUCAAAAACAGCGCUGUCCAAAUGUGGGCUCUCCCUGACCCCCACAGAGAACAAGAGAUGUUACAAUUUUAUGGAGAGAUACGCCGGCCCAUGUGAUUACUCUGUGCUAUGGAACGCCAUGAUCCACCCCCUGCUGAACAUGACCAUCAAGGGAGCCAUAUGGUAUCAAGGAGAGCAAAACACUGUCACAAACCCCAGUCUCUAUAAUUGCACCUUCCCGGCUCUUAUCCAGGACUGGAGACGUUCCUUCCAUGAAGGCUCCUUGGGGCAGACAGACCCCAACUUCCCCUUUGGAUUUGUCCAGCUCAGCACCUACAUAAAGACCCAACCAAAGGACAACUACCCACUCAUCAGAUGGCAUCAAACCGCUGACUACGGCUACACCCCGAACCCCAAGAUGCCCAAUACAUUCAUGGCUGUGGCCAUGGACCUUGGAGAUGAGAGUUCUCCAUAUGGAAGUGUUCACCCACGCGAUAAGCAGACAGUGGCAUACAGACUGUAUUUGGGGGCACAAGCUAUCGCAUAUGGUGAUCACCGCAUCCCUUUCCAGGGUCCAUUUCCAGAAACCGUUGACAUCUAUUACAACUACUCCUACAUGAACAUAACCUACAACCAGGAGCUGCUCAUCACCCGCACCUGUGAUGACAUAUUUGAGGUAUUAUGCAGCUCUGGCAUUGACCUAUAUGGAGAAUCGCUAUACAGCUGGGUCCCGGCUCCAGCGCAGUCGCCAUCUUCUAAAGUUGUCACAGUCGCAUUCAAAGGAUGCAGCCACAUCUUGGCGGUGCGGUACGCCUGGUCCGACUGGCCCUGUGAUUACAAACAGUGUCCGAUAUACAGCGUCCGCGGGAGGCUGCCGGCGCCAAUCUUCGUCAAGUACUUCGAAUAAGACUUUUUUUUUUCCCUUACAUUUUUGGGUUUUAUUGAAUGACUGACCGAAUAUUUUGAUUCUUGAUUGUAUCAUUUGGGGGAAUAAUGAAAAUCUCAGGGAUCUGCUGGGGGCGGAAACUAUGACAAAUCUACAAAACACCUUUCUAAUAAUUCUAUGAGAAGGAUUUAUGUGGAGACUCUGUGGCCGCGGGUUGUGAUUGUUGUUUUUUAUGGUGACCCAAGUCAUGCCAAAGAAUUGUGCAGGUUCAGGAAUAGCCAACAAUUGCCCAUGAUUUAUUAUGUCGCCUCAGCUUUACGAUUUGCACUUUGAACUUGGUUAAAUAAAUAAAGGUCUGUGCUAUGGCGGGAGGGUCAUGUGAUCAUCUCCCGUGUAUCA